UUGCAUACAGCGCUGUAUAUAUGCCGCGCUUGCGCAUUGGCGCGCCACAGUGCUGCAGCCGAAACCUGACGGAGAUUAUCAACGCUAACCUGUCUACUUAGACACUCAACAAUCAUGUCUGACAAGCCAAACCUGGAUGAGGUCACCAGCUUCGACAAGAGCAAGCUGAAGAAGACCGAGACCCAGGAGAAGAACCCACUGCCGUCUAAAGAAACCAUCGAACAGGAGAAGCAAGCGUCAUCAUGAAGCCCCCCACAAGCCGCCAUCAUGCACUGUGCACACCCCCCUUUCCCUGCAUUGCCUUCUUUUCAUUCACUUCUUUUAGCUUUUUGUAACCGAAAUGUCAAAAAUGAGGAAAAAAAAUGUGUUUUAAAAAAGAAAGAGAGCAAACCUAAAGCUGCCAUCAGUGUUGGAUGGAACUGAAAUGAAAUCUCCUUCCACCAACCGCCAGAAGAAAGAAAGAAUGGCCCCCCCUCUUUUCCAACCCAACGAAAGGAAAUGCUUCGGAGCACAUAGUUUGGAUCCAUCUAGUGUCCAUGGUGGGCAGGCGGGCCACCUCCACAUCGGCCUCCGCCACUAUUGGCGUGGAGAACCAAAAAAAAGGGGCAAAGGACAAGGGGGGGGCGUGGCCUUGGAAUGUGGACAUUUCCAAAAUUUUCAACCAAUCAAGGCGUGGCUUUAUGUCGACGUGUGACCAGCUCACCAAUUCAAGGUGUUGCGUUUUCUUUUUUUCUGUCUUUUUAUUUUUAAAGAAAUUUGAUUUUUAGGAUAAAAUGCAUCAAUAUUUGGUUUUUCUAUGUCGUCGAUGAAAUGAUUAACACCUACUUGUUAGCGCUGCUUCAGGCAAAUGCUUUUUUUUAUUGAGACAAAAGAGGAAGAGAUGAGAGAGGAAGAAAAAAAAAAAGGUGGGACCAAACUAGAUCGGGGAAACACUCCUUAAGGAAUGUGAGGGUCUUUUUGAAAUCGAUUGUGUGGUUUUCUGGGGUAGCUUUUUGUGUUGCACCCUCUCGGUUGUCUUAUUGUAUGGAAGCUAUCAUUUCUCGAAAUGAAAAUUCCAUGUGGUCGCUUUCAGCUGUAGAUCAAAUUGUUUUUUUUUUUUUUUUCUUGGGUUUUGUACAAACUCAGCAACCAUGUUGUUUUGCCACAAACCAUUAUCAGUAAUGGAAAACAAAUGUUGUAAUAAAACCUUUGUUAUCAAAUGA